AGAUGUGGUCUAAGGAUAUUUAAUCCAAAAAGGGAAGAGGAAACUGCUAAAACCCAUUGAAAACUACGCUGCGGGAGUUGUACCUACGUUUGCAUCGCAGCGGCAGCUCAACAGGUUUUCCGACUUUUGAACAGAACCCGGUUCCAGUGACCCGACCCGACAGCCGAAAGAAAAUUCCCCUCUUUUAUUUUUAUUUUAUUUUAUUUUGUGUAAAGUGAGGGAGGAUUCGCCCAUGUUUAAGCAUCAAGAUGAUGAAGAAAAAUUGAUGACCAAGAUCCAGAAGCCAUUUCAGCUUUGCUUCACCUAAAAAUCCAAUCUUGAACAAGAAUGAGGGGAGGCGACGGUAUCUUAGGCGCUAGGAACAGCAUCAGAUCAACUGAGGCGACCAUUCUUAGAAUCCGAACUCAGUUUCUCAGAAGACGAGAAAGAUGGCUGGUCGUUCUCGGAAUAAUACUCCACGCAGUUUACAUGCUCAGCAUUUUCGAUAUUUACUUCAAGACUCCAAUAGUCCACGGCAUGGAGCCCGUCAACCCACGCUUUUCCGCCCCAGCUAAACGCCUUGUGCUCCUUGUUGCGGAUGGUUUGAGGGCAGACAAGUUUUUUGAGCCCGACUCAGACGGGAAUUACAGGGCGCCGUUUUUAAGGAGUGUGAUUAAAGAACGUGGUCGUUGGGGAGUGUCGCAUGCGCGCCCUCCGACAGAGUCUAGGCCGGGACAUGUUGCUAUUAUUGCUGGCUUUUAUGAAGAUCCUAGUGCUGUUACUAAAGGAUGGAAAGCAAAUCCAGUUGAGUUUGAUUCGGUUUUUAAGAGGAGUCAGCAUACAUUUGCAUUUGGCAGCCCAGAUAUUAUUCCUAUAUUCUGUGGUGAAAUGAAGCAUAGCACAUGGAACUCUUAUCCACAUGAAUAUGAAGAUUUUGCAACUGAUGCCUCAUUUCUGGAUGAAUGGUCACUAGAUCAGUUUGCGAGCCUCUUGAACAGGUCCAAUGAAGAUGCCAAAUUGAAGCAGCUUCUUCAACAAGAAAAUGUUGUUGUAUUUCUGCACCUGCUUGGUUGUGAUUCUAAUGGUCAUGCUCAUCGGCCCUAUUCACCCGUCUAUCUCAAUAACGUUAAGGUUGUUGACAAUAUUGCUGAAAGAGUUUAUAAUCUUGUUCAGAAUUAUUUCAAGGACAAUUUGACAGCAUACGUUUUUACAGCCGAUCAUGGGAUGAGUGACAAAGGAAGCCAUGGGGAUGGACAUCCCUCAAACACUGAUACUCCCCUUGUUGCUUGGGGGGCAGGUGUUCGACAACCUGUGCCAGUUUCUGAAAACCAUCACCAUGAUGAUACACUUCGGUUUAUUGAUGAUCAUGUGCAUGACAUGCCUACCCCAUCCGAAUGGGGUCUUGAUGGCUUAGAGAGACAGGAUGUGAAUCAAGCUGAUAUUGCACCUCUGAUGUCAACUCUUCUUGGUUUGCCAUGCCCUGUUAACUCUGUUGGAAAUUUGCCACUUGGAUAUGUUAAUCUUGGUGAGGUGGAAGAAGUUGAGGCUGUGCUGGCCAACUCAAAGCAAAUUCUCAACCAAUUCCUUCGGAAGUCACAAUUAAAGCAGUCGAGCUCAUUGCAUUUCAAGCCUUUCAAACCCUUGGCCGAUUAUACUUUGGUCUUGGAUCAAAUUGAGCAUCUACUAUCUAUUAAGGAUUAUGAGGCUGCAAAGAAGCUAUCUGAAAAUCUUCGAUGCUUGGCACUGGAAGGGCUUCAUUAUUUUCAAACUUAUGAUUGGUUUAUGCUCAUGACAGUGAUUUCUCUUGGCUAUCUUGGAUGGAUGAUCUAUCUGUUAGUCCACGUGUUGCAAUCUUACACUGCAUUACCAGGAAAAUUUUUCCGCAAGGACCGAUCAGUUUACCUGAGGACGAACUCCUGGAAGGUAUACUUCUCUGGAUUUCUCCUGAUGGGAUCAAUGUCAAUUAUAUUGCUUGUGGAACAUUCUCCUCCACUCUAUCACGCGUAUUUUGCCAUGACAAUAUUUCUUUGGGUCCAAAUCUGCUGUGAAUAUCAGUUUUUAAAAGCACUAUGGAGAAACAUGCUUGAGAAAGAAAUUAGUUAUUUUGCUAGAUUUUUGGCCAGCUUUAUUAUAUCGGUAUUUAUCCUUGAAAUCCUGGUGAAAAGUUUCAUGAAGCGGACGAUCUAUACUUGGAUUUUCUUGCUUGUUGGGGUUCUUGCUACUAUUUAUCUUCUUUACUCAAUACCAUGGGACUCGGGAAUACCAUUUUUUGUAUGGCUAGCAUGUUGGUUUUUGUCAAUCUUUACCUUGAUGCCUGCUCAAAUUCCAGAUAAUACUAAACUAGUAAUUUCUAGUGGAUUUAUGAUUGUAGUAAUUGGAGCCGCAGCAAGAUAUCUGGAUAUGCAUGCCGGAGAGAGCAAAUAUUGGUUUAGUCUAACUCAUGAACUUAGGAAACCCAAAUUUAAUAUCCUUUUCCUCUUUCAGGUCCUACUGGUUCUUUCCUCAUCAGUUAUGGUGUCUUUGUCAACAGCUCGUAGGACAGAAAAGCAAGAAUUGCCUGUACUACACCAAGUGAUAAAUUGGUCUAUUGCUGGUCUAUCAAUGGUUCUUCCACUUUUUUCAGCAACUGGUAUCUUAUCUAGGCUUACUUCCAUAUUUCUUGGUUUUGCACCUGCAUUCCUCCUGCUCUCGAUAGGAUAUGAAGCUGUAUUCUAUGGAGCUCUUGCUCUUGCACUUAUGGCAUGGAUACUUUUUGAAAAUGCUUAUCUCCAUAUAAGUAGGAUGCGAGACUCUUCAAGUUCCAUUGAGGCUAUGGAGGAUAACCUUGUUUCGGCAUCUGAGGAUAGAUUCUUGCAGUUAUCUGAUAUGCGUAUUCCAUUAGCAUUUAUGGUCUUCUUUAACAUUGCUUUCUUUGGAACUGGUAACUUCGCAAGUAUUGCGAGUUUUGAGAUAUCUUCCGUUUAUCGAUUCAUCACAAUCUUCAGUCCAUUUCUGAUGGCAGCCCUUCUCAUUUUCAAAUUAUUGAUACCAUUUGUGCUUGUCAUCUGCACGUUUACUGCUAUUACCAGAUUGAUCAGAGUUCCACUGUUGGGAUGCUAUUUUCUCGUCAUAAUUUGUUCAGACGUCAUGACAAUUCACUUCUUCUUCCUGGUCCAAAAUACAGGAAGCUGGAUGGAAAUUGGGAACAGCAUUAGCCAUUUUGGAAUCAUGAGCGCGCAAGUUGUGUUUGUUCUCUUGCUUUUUGCUCUUACAAGUAUAUACACCAAAGACAUACAAACUAGGUCCUCUAAGCUGCUUUCUUCCAAACAGAUGUGAUUUUAUUCAUUCACAGUAUUUGUUUCUGACAUUGUCCCCCAUUGUUUUAGUUAGGGGGUGGCCCGCACCACACUGUGGGCAAUUUUUGGUAAGGAGUUAGUACAUUUUUGUGGCAGGGUGGUUGUACUUGUAGGUUAAUUCAGGGGUCUUAUUUACCAAUUAUGCUAUUAACUGUGAGUGAGAAUCAGAAUCUUAUGUCAGUUAUGUCGGUGUGGGGUGUGGAUCUUUAUUUGGGCUGUCCCUGUCUGAAAGAUACAGCCACCAACUACCCUUGUGCCCAAAAAGCCCAAACCAGCUUUCCUCUUCAACAAUGGGCCUUAUGUUAGUGUACAUGUCCAACGUUUUGUGUUGACAGUAGAUACGGUGAAAUAUGCCCCUAGCUACAAAAGAAUUCCGGGAUUGUCUUUC